AUCCUGUCAACCAACAGUGUGAGAUGGGGACCUAAACCCAAUCUGACAGGAUUCAACCCAAGAACACUUGCUGCGGCUGCCGGCUCUCCAGUAAAUGAUCCUUGGGCACGAAACGAAGCGUGGCGAUAUACAGGUCCAUUCUCUAGAGCAAGCCGUCUUAGAAAUAACUUUCCUGGCUUGGGAAUUGCGACGGUAGCAUUUAUUGUAUACUGCGGCUACGAGCAUUUCUUCCUCAAGAACGAUCAUGAAAGUAGUAAUCUCGAGAGUCAUGCCUAG